AUGAUUUUCGAAUGUUCGAGAGGAUCAGCGCAUCCAACAAUCUACCGUGAUGACAUUACAAACAUGGCGAUCACCACUGGUCAAUGGGCCCCUGGAGGGUUAGAGAGCCUCUGGUCUACGAGUAUAGUGAUAUACUCUCCGGCGUCCCUCGUGGCCCGGGGUUUGGCAGUCGGGAUGGCAGCAGCCGUUAUCCCCAACAUGCCGGCUUUUUCCAGCCAGGAACACAUGAACAUCCCGAACCAAGCACUUCAGCUGACCGAAUUACCAAGACGAUGGAAGCGUAUGGGACGAUAUGACCGUGCUUGCGCUAGAUGGUGCUCGAAACUCGCAAGUCUACUGAGGAGCCUUGAUGAAGAGAUCCAGAAUACGUCUUCCGGGUUAUGA